UGUCCAUCUUUUGAAUUAGAAGGUAAAAACAAUCAUUCAAUGCUGAGAUGACAUCUCAUGAGUCAGAGGAUACUUGGACAAAUAUGUACUUUGAGUUUGACGUUUAAAAAGCUAGUACAUUUUAUACCACAGAAAUCUCUUUAUACAACUUUAUUGAUUCAGACUGGGAAGUUUGAGGCCUUGAGUUCCAAUCUACCAGCAGCUCGCUACAGUUUUCAUUCCUCUGUUUUGAGAUCCAUGGCAGAAAAUAAAUAUAUCACGGGAUAUGCCAAACUCGGAACAUCAAGUUGCAAGAAAUGUAAGCAGAAGAUUGACAAAGGAAGUCUCCGCAUUGGAAAGGUGGUGUCCAAUCCAUUUUCUGAUGAAGGCGGUGACAUGAAGCAGUGGUUUCACCCACAAUGCAUAUUUGAGACCUUUAAAAGAGCUCGGGCGACCACGAAAAAGAUUGAAGAACCAGAUGAUUUGGAAGGAUUCACAGAAAUUGAGCAAUCUGAUAAAGAUCUCAUCAACAAAUUAAUUAAAGAAUUUGUUGCCAACUCCAACAGCAAGUCUCCAGGGUCAGCUAAGAAAAAACCAGUUGCCACUGUACAAGCAACUCUCCCUUUCUCUCCCACAAAACCAAAAGUAAAAGUAGAGCCAGAUGACGAAGCUGGUCCCUCCACAAGUGGUGCGCCCCCAAGUGACAGAGAGUCAGAAGGCCACAGAGAUGAUUCAUUCCGAGAAUUUAGACGACUCUGUGCAGACAUUUCCGAAGAGAACUCCUACCUCGCCAAAACUAAACUUGUUCGUGAUUUCAUCAACAAGGGCUCAUCAGGAGAUGGAUAUAAAGGUGACCUGUACCUGUUGAUGAAGUGUCUGUUACCUGGGGUCGUGAAGCAGGUGUACAACCUUAACAGUAAACAACUGGUCAAGUUAUUUAGUCAGAUAUUUGGUACAGAUCAGGAUGACAUGGUAGCAGAUCUUGAUCAGGGUGAUGUUGCAGAGACAGUGAGGUUGUAUUAUGAACAAAGUAAACGAUUACCUCCUCAGAAGAAAAGCACUUUAACCCUACAGCAGGUUGAUGACUACCUCACUGAGCUAACCAAGGUCACCAAGGAAGAGGACCAGCAAAGGAUUCUCACCAAAGUGGCCAAGCGAUGUACGGGCAAUGACUUGAAGAUGUUUGUGAGGCUGAUAAAACAUGACCUUAGGAUUAACUCAGGAGCCAAACACAUACUGGAUGCGUUAGAUGACAAUGCGUACGCUGCGUUCCAGGCAUCUCGCAAUCUGAGGGAUGUGGUGGACAGGGUGAUGGAAAAUAAGGGCGGGGCCCCGGGGAUGAAGAAAACUCUCAGUGUCAAGGCCUCCCUCAUGACUCCUGUCCUACCCAUGCUGGCAGAAGCGUGUCGUUCUGUUGACCAGGCCAUGAAGAAGUGCCCGAACGGAUUCUACGCAGAGAUAAAGUACGACGGAGAGAGGGUCCAGCUACAUAAGAGAGGGAACCAGUUUCAGUAUUUCAGCCGCAGCCUGAAGCCUGUUCUACCACAUAAAGUCCAACUUUUCAAGGAGUACAUUCCAAAGGCCUUUCCCACAGGGGAUGACCUCAUUCUGGAUGCUGAAGUUUUGUUGGUGGACAACGAGACCAGUAAACCACUCCCAUUCGGAACUCUGGGAGUUCACAAGAAAGCUGCUUUUAAAGAUGCUAAUGUGUGUCUGUUUAUAUUCGACUGUCUUCAUUUAAAUGGGGAAAAUAUUAUGCAUAAACCAAUACAGGAGAGAAAGAAGAUUCUAGAAUCAGAGAUGAAAGAAAUUCCAAACAGAAUCAUGUUCUCCGAGGCCAAACUAAUUAACGACCCUGAUUCUUUACAAGAGCUCAUGACAAAGGUUUUCAGUGAAGGAUUAGAGGGGCUGGUGUUGAAAGAUAUCAAGAGUAUUUAUAAACCUGGAAAGCGACACUGGCUGAAGAUAAAGAAGGAUUACCUGGAGCAGGGAACAAUGGCCGACUCGGCUGAUCUCGUGGUGUUAGGGGCGUACUACGGCACAGGAAAGAAAGGUGGUAUAAUGUCCACAUUCCUGUUUGGAGUUCACGACCCCAGCAGUGGUAAGUGGUGCACCGUAACUAAAUGUCACAUUGGUCUGGAUGACAAAACAUUGGAGGAACUACAGACAUCCCUGGACAUGGUGAAGAUCAGCAAGAAUCAAGACAAAGUCCCUGACUGGUUGAACAUUAAGAAGCCGCUGGUACCCGAUUUUGUGGCCAGGGACCCCAAGAAGUCGCCGGUGUGGGAGAUAUCUGGAGCGGAGUUCAGUAAGGCUGAUAUCCACACCGCGGAUGGCAUCUCCAUCAGGUUUCCCAGAAUUACCAAGUUCAGGGACGACAAAACCUGGGAGAAUGCUACGGACUUACCACGACUUAAAAAGCUGUACAAAAUAUCAAAGGAAACAACAGACCUCAUACCCAGCCCCAGUAAACGGGCAUCAAAGAAAUCAUCUAAUGACGAGGAAGAGGAUGAUAACAACAAUGAGGGCGAUGACAGUGGUACAGACAUCAACAGCGAUGACGAAAUGGACGUGUCACCCGUCAAAAAGACACCUGUCAAGGGAAACUCCACCCCAAAAGUCACCCCCUCAAAAACCACUCCCCAAAAGGGGACGCCCAUCAAGAAUGGGAUAAAGAGACCACAUGGAAGUGAUGAGGAUAAAGAGACAACACCCUCUAAAAAGUCUAAACCAAUGUGUAAAUAUGGAGCCGAUUGUUACCAGACCAACCCUAAACAUCAGGGGCAGUUUUCUCACCCUCCCAAGACUCUACCCAAUGUAUUCAGAGGGUGCAAGAUUUACCUACCUAAAGACAUAGAACAGUACAAGACACUAAGGAGAUAUAUAAUAGGCUGGGACGGAGAAUUGGUUCCGGAGUAUGAUAAGACAUCCGCUACUCAUGUUGUAAUCCCAGACAGCCAAAAGGGAGAAGUCAUCAAGUGUGCUGGUGUGUGUGUGACCGUGAAUUGGAUCAAGAUGUGUAUAAAAAAGAAAAUGUUAGUGAGGACUGAUCCCUAUAUUGUGGGUGAUGAUGAUGAGUGAUAAUGACUGGUCCCUCUGUGAUGAGCAAAUCAUAACUGAUCCUAUAGUGGGUGAUGAUGAUGACUGUAAUAAUGACUGGUCCCUCAGUGAUUGGUAAUAAUAACUGAUCCCUAUUGAUGAACACAUGGACAAAGAACUGAUCUUUGGUUGGGAAUAAAGGGACUGAACUCUUUAUAGAAGUGGUUGAAAAUGAUCACAGUAUUGAAAGCAGUGUUUCUGUAAGAGAUAAGAAUUUACAAAUAUAGUAAUAGUUAAUCUUCUUUUAAUUAUAUUAGAGUGAAUUAGAAACUUGUGAUUAAGACAUUAAAAGAAGGUUAAAACUAAAUCGUUUACCUUUCUAGAUAGCAUGAUACAACCAGAAUUAAAUUAUUCAUAAUGGAAAUUGAUGUAAUUUUACACAUAUUUCAGAUUACCUAUAUUUAUGCACGUAUUUCUUUUAGAGAUGAACAUUCUUGUUGUACACUGUAAUAGUGUGUUGUAAUUUUAAUGAGAGGCAGCUAUUUGUAGACCUACCUGUUGUGUAGCUGUAUUGUGUGUUGUAAGGUUUUGUACAGAAAAUAAAUUGUUGUUUGUAUUGCAA